AUGUCGAGCUCGUCCACCACCGUCACUGCCGCUGCCUCGCCCGCCUCCAGCCUCAAGAUGUCGGCCAAGUCGCCCAGGUCGCAGCUUGCCGUCCUUCGCCUUGCGCCUGCGCUGCUCUCGCGCUUCCCGGCUGACGGCCCCGUUCGCAAGAACUCGCGCUCCAAGUCGUCUUCGUCGUCGACGCCCAUCGACACUCCUGCAGACCCUAUGGUCAUCGAGCCCGCCGAGCCGCUGUCCGCACCCGACGCCGACGCUGCAUCGGCUGCCAACGGCUCCACGCCCGCACUCGACAACAACUCGCUCGCGCCUCCGCAGAAUGGUGCGAAGAGGAAGGGCAUCCCCGGCCCAAAGCCCGGCACGAAGCGCACCGCUGGGCAGUCCAACGACGGCACCCCCAAGCCUCGCGGCAAGCCCGGCCCUAAGAAGAAGCCUCGCCUUGGCGAGAAUGGCGAAGGCACUAUGAACGGUGUCAUGCCCAUGUCAACUCAGAAGCUCGGCCCCAAAGCCAAUCAAGGCGCCAUCAAUGCUGGUCUUCGUGCCCUCGAUCGAUCUGGCAAACCCUGCCGCAAGUGGGAAAAGAAGGGAUUCCAGCUCAAGAGCUUCACUGGUAUCGCCUGGUCUGUCCCAACCUGGCGUUCGCCGAGGAAGUCGACCGUCGACGAAAACGGCGACGUCAAGAGCGACACCACUGGCAGCAGCGACAGUGCAAAGAUCAACGAGAGCAGCGCCGUGCCAAGCGAGAAGAGCAGCAACGCCGGCAUCCUGGAUACUCCGCAUAGGUCGCACCCGAUGGGCCUCGCUGCCAGUUCUCCGAUGCCUGAGAUGACCCCCGUGUAG